GUUGGGGCCGUGCGGCGCCGAGAAGGGGAACCGCUCGCGGGCACGUUCGGACUCGUGAAGCUGCGUCGCGCUGAGCACUCUGGGAUUUGUAGUUCUCGAGAUGGAGCGCGCUGUGCCACACGCGGUACCUCUGGGUCAGAUGGAAGUGUUUCAGGCUCUGCAGCGGCUCCACAUGACCAUUUUUUCCCAGAGUGUCUCCCCCUGCGGGAAGUUCCUGGCAGCUGGCAACAAUUACGGGCAGAUAGCCAUCUUCAGCUUGUCUGCUGCUCUGAGUUCUGAGGCCAAAGAAGAAAGUAAGAAGCCAGUGGUGACAUUCCAAGCCCAUGAUGGGCCGGUCUAUAGCAUGGUCUCCACGGAUCGACAUCUGCUCAGUGCUGGGGAUGGGGAAGUGAAGGCCUGGCUUUGGGCAGAGAUCCUCAAGAAGGGUUGUAAGGAGCUGUGGCGGCGUCAGCCCCCAUACAGGACCAGCCUAGAAGUGCCUGAGAUCAAUGCUUUGCUUCUCGUCCCCAAGGAGAAUUCUCUCAUCCUGGCAGGGGGAGACUGUCAGUUGCAUACGAUGGACCUUGAGACCGGGACCUUCACAGUGAGAAGGCCAUGGAACUGGGGUGGUCAGGGCUGGAUGGUCGUAGGGGCAUUCUUCCUGGAUCUCCUCCUGACACUGGGCUUCCUCUCGCAGCGGGCCCUCCGGGGCCACACAGACUAUGUCCACUGCCUGGCGCUGCGGGAGCGGAGUCCCGAGGUGCUGUCAGGUGGAGAGGAUGGAGCUGUGCGACUUUGGGACCUCCGCACAGCCAAGGAAGUCCAGACCAUUGAGGUAUAUAAGCAUGAGGAGUGCUCGAGGCCACACAAUGGGCGUUGGAUCGGCUGUUUGGCAACUGACUCAGACUGGAUGGUCUGCGGAGGAGGCCCAGCGCUCACCCUCUGGCACCUCCGAUCCUCUACACCCACGACUAUUUUCCCCAUACGGGUGCCACAGAAACAUGUCACCUUCUACCAGGACCUGAUUCUGUCAGCUGGCCAGGGCCGCUGUGUCAACCAGUGGCAGCUGAGUGGGGAGCUCAAGGCGCAGGUGCCUGGCUCCUCUUCAGGGCUGCUUAGCCUCAGUCUCAACCAGCAGCCAGCAGCACCCGAGUGCAAGGUCCUGACAGCCGCAGGUAACAGCUGCCGAGUGGAUGUCUUCACCAAUCUCGGCUACCGCGCCUUCUCCCUGUCCUUCUGACCUCUGGCAACACCCCUUUCAUCCAUCCCAGGGAUUUAGAUUGCUUUUUUUUUUCCUUAUUUUAUUAAAUAAGUAAAUUUUUAGGCUAUUGUUCCAUGAA